GGAACGCGGGGCCGAGGGCGGGGGGCACGAAGAGGAGCCUGGCCGCGAGUGGAGGCAUCCAAGGCGGAGGAGGCGGCGGGGCUGAUGCUGGGUGUGGCCUAGUCUGGGCCUGGCUCAGUGGGGAGCCCAGGACUGAUAAGACUCCUCGUUGCCUAGCAACCACAGGUCUGCCAUUGCCAGGAAGCCACCCUCUACAUGCAGCUGGUCCAGGCUUCUGAAUGUCUUCCGUUUCUGCCCUAGAUCAGGUCCCACAGCCAGAGUGUUGCAUGGAAGUGAUGGAUGUCAACGUUAGCUGCCCAGGCACAGACCAGUGUGCUUCAGGCUGCUACCGGCACUGGAAUGAGGAUGGGACCAGCAGCUGCAUUCGGUGCAGAAAUGAAAGCCUUCCCAUUACCGGGCCUUACGUGAUGGAGUGUAGAAACCUUGGCAACAAAGAAAUUAAUUUCACAUCCUACAGAACUACAGUGGCACCCCUUCUCCAGAACCUGGGGGGCCCCCAGGUGGCCGUCUCCCUCUUCUUGGGCACCUUCUUCAUUAGCUCCUGCCUCAUCCUCUCCGUCGCUUUGUUCUUCUACUUCAAACGCUCCAGUAAGCUCCCCCAUUUCUUCUACAGAAGGAACAAAGCGUCUGUCCUACAGCCUGGAGAAACUGCUGCCAUGAUACCGCCUCCAAAUUCUUCGGUCCGGAAGCCACGCUAUGUCCGACGGGAUCGGUCACUGCCAAGACCCACCACACCCACCAUGAUCUCCUCCGUCGAGACUCGGGUCAGCAACGUCUAACCAUCAAGGGGUUUGCCCCAGAACUUUGUCCAUGAACAAUUGCAGAGACGUCUCUGUGCCCGCUGAAGGGCCAGGAAAAGCUAUACGCGGAAGCUGAGGCUCCUGCGGGCCCGAGUCCUGUGUCAAACGGGUCUGAGCCAAAUCGAGCACAAAAGAGACAGCAGGAGACGGAGGUGGCGACUGUGGCGAGAAGGAGCCUUGUGACCUCAUUGGUGCGCCUUUUAGAUCUUCCUCUCAUCUGGGUUUUUGAUCUGUCUCUUAGCAACAGAUAUCCUGUUAAAAAGCUACAGACAGCUUA